AUGGCAGCCACUCCUUUCAAGGUCAAGGCUCUCUUCGAGUACGCGUCCACCCAUGAAGACGAUCUGCCCUUCGCCGUCGGCCAGAUCAUCACCGUAGUCGAGGUUGAGGACGCCGACUGGUACGUCGGAGAAUAUGUCGACGACAGUGGCACCAAACAUGAAGGCAUCUUUCCUCAGAACUUUGUCGAGAAAUACGAGCCCGUUGCUCCUCCUCGGCCUACGAGAACUCGCAAGAAGGAGCCCGAAGCCGCCGCCCCAGAGGCUCUCGCAUCUCCACCUCUGCCGCCAUCCGAUGCCCCCGCGCCACCUCUUCCUGCGAACGAGCCGACUGAGGCAAAGGCCGUUCCUGAGCCGGAGCCAGUGCCUUUAGAAUCCCGCCCAGUACCGCCUCCGCCGCCUGCUGCGACUGUAGCCGAACCGGAAGAGCCUCGAUCACCUCAGGCCAGCAAACCUCCAAGCUUGCCUAUCACCGAACCGGAUUCGAAAGCACAACAGGCGCCUGAGCCAGAGCCAGAGCUUCCUCCGACUACGAAGCAGCCCAAGCAAACAGCUGCCGUUGAUCCCGUCCAACCACCAGCUAAAGCACCUGUUGCGGAACAACGCGCAGUGCCCCCGGUUGCUGCGAAGAGCAAUGCCUUCAAGGACCGCAUCGCGGCCUUCAACAAACCGGCUGCUGCUCCUGUUGCGCCAUUCAAGCCAAGUGGACUAGGUGGCUCUGGCUUCAUCAAAAAGCCUUUUGUAGCGCCGCCACCGAGCAGAAAUGCCUACAUCCCGCCUCCUCAACAAGCACCGGUCUCCAAGAUAUAUCGGCGCGAGGAAGACCCGGAGAUCAAAGAGCGCGAGGCAGAGGCGCUGGAAAAUGCGGAGAAGGCUGGUUUGGUACCGGGAAGCUCACAGGAGGCAGAUGAUGAAGAUCAACCCAAGCCAAUGAGCCUCAAGGAGCGCAUGGCCAUGCUUCAGAAGCAACAAGCCGAGCAGGCGCAACGUCAUGCAGAUGCCGUCGCCAAGAAGGCCAAGCCCAAGCGCCCGUCCAAACCGCGGACUGAUAGCGAUGGCCCUGCGCAAACGCCUCCAGCGGUUGCCGAGGAGGACUCGGCUACGCCGCUGGAGCGAAGAGAGACCAACGACACAACCAGUCGAAAGUCUAUCGAUUCUACCAGGAGGUCUAUCGACGAGUCCCCUCUGGCUCGCCAGCCCCUCCCAAACCGCCGAAAGUCCGUCCGCGGUGUGGAGAACGAUGGCAACGAGGCCGACAUGUCUGGAGCUGGGGAUACAACCGAAGGACAGGAGGAUCUUACUGAGCGAGAUGACAGCGAUGCGGCAUCUCAGUCGCUCUCCCGUGUGCCAACAGUACCCGCGCCUCAUGGCUCGUCUACGGUCCAAGACAAGCCUGGCCCCGAUCUGGCUCGUGGAGAACCUGGAGAAAACCAUCAGACUGGACGAGAUUCUGUAGAGGAGCAUAAUGCAGAGGAGGAGGAGGAAGAAGAAGAGGUCGAUCCUGAAGUCCGCCGCAAGGAGGAACUCCGUGCUCGAAUGGCAAAGAUGAGCGGCGGCAUGGGAAUGGGCAUGAUGGGCAUGCACGGAAUGCUGGGCAUGGCACCACCACCGGCACCUCCUGCGAAGAAGAAGAAGGCGCCGGCGCCUGUCGAGCGUCGCUCCAGCGAGUAUGCGGACGAUGCGCCAACCUCGCCUCGUGGCGCGCCACCAGUGCCUACGAUGAUGGCUCUUCCCGGCAUGGGCAAGCCGAUCGCGGUGCCGGAGGCCACUGGAGAUAGUGAGGACGAGGGAGUGGCGGAGACUACUCCAGUGCCAGCGGCUAGUCCUGAAGCAACAGCUUCCAGAGAAGUUACUGGCGAACGUCCUCCUCCACCUCCAGUUCCGACCGGGUCGCGGCCGCCACCUCCUCCGGUGCCAAUUGGAGUGAAAUCACCCAGUGUCGGAUCUGAGUCUGACGAUGAGCUGUCAGAGAGCCAACAGAAGCCGAGUGUCGAAGAUGCUCCCCCCAGCACCAGGGCACCUCCGCCACCAGUCCCGACAGCGGCGCCAGCUCUGCCGGCUUCGCCUCGCGAGGAGGACUUUGCUGGAGAUGAGCUAUCGCCAACGACACCUUCAGCGCCACCUCACCCAACAAGACGUCACAGCAAGCCACCCCCAGUACCUGGGGCUGCACCGCCCGUGCCUGGUCAGGCGAGGCCGCCGCCUCCCCCUCCCCCGGGACACGCCAGCCGCCUAUCGCUCGGAGGCAGCGAAGCUGUCCCUGUUCCGAUGCAGCCUGGCCACCUGGAUAACGGGGAGGAAGAGGAAGGCACAGCCUAUGAGGGUGACUACGACACCGACAUUGCUUCGUCUGCGCCUCAUAAGGAUGCGCUGAAGGCCCACGCCCGUGAGGACAGCUCGGAUGGACCUAACGCAGUACAAUCACCGCCGUCAGCACCACCACCUAUCCCAGGGACAGCUGCGCCUAGGGCUGUACCUCCUCCUGUACCCAGCCAGCCAGCCCCAACUUCGAGGCAAUCUGUAGAUGUGCCUCGUGCUGCUCCUCCACCACCACCCCCUGGGCGCGGCGCUUCUUAUUCGCACACUGACGAAGACUAUGACCCUUUCAACUACAACGCGAUACAAAAGGUUCAGACUGGAUUGUCUCAAACCAGCGUUUCGCCAAGGCUGGAGGGCGUGCCUCUGUUCUCUGAGCCUUCUCCCUUCCAUCAGGCACCACCACCUCCUCCACCCACAACGCGGGCUCCGCCUGCAGCUCCGGCUCCUUCCGGGCCGCCACCUGCUCGGGGCUCAGCCCGCCAAUCUCUCGAUAUUCCCAGACAGUCGAUGGCCGGCAGAAGAUCGGUAGAUGUUCCCCGUGCUGCAGCCGAGACCGGAUUCUUUGCCAAUGACAUCGACUUGGCGGAGCACACAAAAUGGUGGCUGUCACCCAAUGGCAUUCCUCCUGUCUUUCAAGGGCGCAAAGAUAUUCUCGUCGAGACUCACGAUUCGACAUCCUCCGGGCAAGCUGGCGCUGUCUCGGUCAACAAAGUGGUGAAGGUUCUCUUCCAGGAUUACUCGCAGACAAUUAUAACAGUGGACUUCGACCCGCAGGAUACUGCUUCCGGCGAGCUGGAUCAGCAACACGAAGCUCCACCGCGGACUCUGAGGCAAGACGAGCUCGAGCGUGCGUACGAGACAUAUGGCAUGCAAAUUGCACAGACUGUCAGCGGUAAGAAGGACAGUGUCGUGGGCGACGGCACCCCUCAUGGGCUCAUUCACGAGCUGCUCAAGGCCCACCCAGAGGCUCUCCACCCUGUCGGAACUCGUGCGUUUGGUGCAUUGGUCUACUCCAACAUUGGCAAUGCGGCGACACAGACAAACGAUGAGAUCCGCGCUGGCGACAUUAUUUCCAUUCGUAAUGCGAGAUUCCAAGGCAAGCACGGUCCAAUGCAUGCGAAGUACUCCAUGGAGGUAGGCAAGCCGGAUCACGUUGCUGUUGUGGCUGAGUGGGAUGGUACGAAGAAAAAAGUCAAGGCGUGGGAGCAGGGCCGUGAGAACAAAAAGCUGAAGCAGGAGAGCUUCCGGCUGGACGACCUCCGCAGUGGAGAGGUCAAGGUCUGGCGGGUAAUGCCGCGAAGCUGGGUUGGCUGGGACAACGCGCCGAACUAG